UCCUCCCCGGAGUGAACGCGUGGAGGGGGCGGUGCCCUGGGGCCCAUGUCAGUCACCCGGCUGAGCAGCAGCGACCCGGGAGGGGCACGGAGGAAACCCCAGAGACUGUCUGAAUCUGGCCAGGACUCAGGAGCAAUGUCUCAACAGUUCCUUUAUCGGGCACUGGUGUCAGCUAAGUGGCUCUCAGAAACCAUCAAAUCCCCUCAGGCUGGGCAGGCUGUGAAGAUCCUGGAUGCAUCCUGGUACCUCCCGAAGAUGAAGCGUGACCCCCGGUUUGAGUUUGAGGAGCGCCACAUCCCUGGUGCUGCUUUCUUUGACAUCGACGUAUGCAGUGACCGCACGUCACCAUAUGACCACAUGCUGCCCAGUGCGGAUGACUUUGCGGAGUAUGUGGGCAAGCUGGGUGUGGGGAACGAUUCCCAUGUGAUUGUGUAUGAUGCCAGUGAUCAGGGUCUCUUCUCUGCUCCCCGUGUCUGGUGGAUGUUCCGGGUCUUUGGGCACCAUGCCGUCUCCCUUCUGGAUGGUGGGCUGAAGAACUGGCAGCGGGAGGGAUAUCCACUAAGCUCUGGCAAGAACCGAGCAGUUCCUGUGGAGUUCCAUGCCUCCCUGGACAAGUCACUGGUGAAGACCCAUGAGGACAUAGAGGAGAACAUAGAGUCACAUCGCUUUCAGCUGGUUGAUGCUCGCCCUUCAGGGCGGUUCAGAGGGACGGAGGCAGAGCCCAGGGAAGGAAUUGAGCCUGGUCAUAUCCCUGGCUCCCUGAACAUUCCCUUCUUGGAUUUCCUCACAGAAGCUGGCUUUGAGAAGACCCCUGAGGCAAUCCGCAGCUUAUUCCAGGAGAAGAAAGUGGACCUCUCAAAGCCAGUGGUAGCCACAUGUGGCUCAGGAGUCACUGCCUGCCAUGUGGCCCUGGGGGCAUACCUCUGUGGCAAGCCAGAUGUGGCUGUCUACGAUGGUGCCUGGGUGGAGUGGUACAUGCGGGCACGGCCUGGAGAGGUCAUCUCUGAGGGUAAAGGCAAGACCCUCUGAAGCAAUGCUUCUGCCCCUGCAGUGCAGACAAAUUGCCUUGGAACAGGCUUUGGGAGAUGGUCUUAGCCUUUCCUGUUUUCAAAUCAUAGUGGUCUUGGGUGACAAAUCUAAACAUACAUGGUUCUAGCCCCUUCCCCUACUCCCCUCCCCCUUCUCACCCACUAACUCCAUCCCUCAUUUUUCUGGGCAUGGAAAAUGCCUUUUUACAGCUUCUUACUGGGUUGAGGGGAAGCACUUGUCAUGGGAUGGUGGAAUAAUUGAUUCAGGCUGUACUCAUCAGCUUGGAUGAUCUCUCCUGAUUGGACACUUAACAAGGAAGAUGAGUGGAGGAGCAGUUUAGGUUUCUCCUUAUAUUUGGACUCUGAUUUGUUCUCAGCCAGUUUUGCAUCCACCAUUGUUCCUGGGGAACUUGAAAUCAUGUUUCUUUUAAGUAUCUAAUUCAAAGGUUACAUAAUAAAAAUAUUUAAUGAGUUUAAA